UGCUGCUCUGAGCUCAGAAGAUGGAAAGCUUGCCCUGCAGCAAGGAAUACAUGUUACUGCCAAGCUGUGCAGCAGAAGCUGAAAGCAAAGCUGGCAAAGUCCACAGAGACCAGAUGCAUAGAGAAGACAGAGAUGCACUUUGGGGUGCUGAGGGAGGCCCAGGUUUCCUGCAGCAGCCCAGAGGAAGAAGAUGUGAGGAGACAUCAUCACCUGCUUCAGUGCCCUGGCCUGCUUGGACCAGCAGUUUCACCUGUACUGUGAAGGUGGAGGCUGAAGAAAAAGGUGUUUAUGGGUCUGCUGCAUUUCCCCCUUUUCUCAAAAAGAUGGUUGCAGUCCAGGGAGGAGACAGACCUCAGGGGAAAACCAGACCCUUAACAGAAAGUUCUCUCCUCCACGCCCUCCUGAAGCCCUUGCUGCCCAUGUCACGAGGGAGCAAUGUGGGCUGCUCCCACACGGUGGCACUCCUUGCCCAGCUGAGGGGCUGCCUGCCUGUCCUGCCGCUUGUCCCUCCUGACUGGCCACUGGACCUGCCCACCGGUUGCCCAAGGAAAGGCCUGCGAUGGGGAUGCUGGGUUGCCAUGACAGCAGGCGAAUGGACCUCGGCAUCUCGCUCCCCGUGGCCCUCUGCACAUGGUGCCGCUGGAUCACAGAGCCACCCGGUUGACCUCCUGUGCCCGGCAGGAUCUCGGGGAGGAAGAAGGCCGCUGGGUUACACCACCACUGAAAUCACUGUGUGAUAACAACAGUACUGCGCAUCCCUAGAUGGCUUAGAACAGCAGUUCUCAAAGCUGCUUCUUUCAUCGUGAUGGUGGGGCCAAACACCUCCUGUUGCCACUGUUUUCCCUGCCUCAGCUCUUCCCCAGGCCCCUCGUUUCUCUUCACUGCUGCUCCACUGAACUGCUUUUUCCACACACGAGCUCUCCACAGCACCUCCAACAAGCUCCAUCAACACCUUUGUCCUCCAACCCUGCUCGUCUCUCCUGAUAUCCCCAUAACUCCCCCACACUUUUCUUUCUCUUGUGCUCCUCGUGUGCUCACGAUUCUUGUCUUGUUUGCCCAGUGCUGUUGGGAAUCCAUCCGAGGGCCUGGGUCAUAACAGCUUUGCAGCUGGGCUGGCCUUUCCCCUCCUGAAGUCAGGCUUUUGGUUGUGUUACCAAUAGGUCAGGUAUCCAGGGCUCGAGCAAGCACCAUAUCUGCUUGGGUUUGUGGACAACAUGCUCCAAAUGAUUUUAUAGCGGCAGAAGCUUGGCAUGGCAGCCUGUCAGAAACACACCUGCAUGCAUGCUUAGUGAACUGUGUCAGGAAGAUGUAUUUCAGCAAGGA